UUAGACCUAGAUCUAGAUCUAGAUCUACAACAAUAACUUUCUAUCCGGCAAUAGCUUAAAAUAUAAAAGUGUAUUGGCGCGUUCAAUUUGCUUGGAGUGAAAUUUUUCAGACAUUCAAUUGAUUGUGUACUUCCAGAAAGUUACAGAGGAAUGCACACAUCUGACUUUCGUUAUCAACGUCGGCCAAGCGGUCUCCCGGCCCCAGCAACGUUUGCGUGUCACUACUGACGCUGUGGAAAGAACAAGUGGCUGUGACUGUAUCUAUUUGCGGAAGCAAUGGCUGAUAUUGGAUGGGGCUGGUUGGCCAGCAUGGAAUCCUACGGAGCUCUAGGCGACACUUUUGCAGAUUACAAAACUCUCACAGAAGAAGAAAUUGCUUCAAAGAAAUAUUCGUCACUUCGGCAUGCUGCCCAUGGAAUGAUAUUUGCAAGGAAAAACAAGCUAUUGUGGGACCUUUAUGAUAUGUUGGGUCUUGUGAUGAUGCAAAUGAGAUUCGACGGAGUACUGGGAUUUCCUGGAGGACUCGUGGAUGAGGGAGAGACACCGGUGGAGGCUGUCAAUCGUGAAAUGAAAGAAGAAAUCUGCCUUGACUUGGACAAGUAUUCCUUUUCAGAAGACCAUUGUAUCAGCAUUCAGCUGAAUGAAAAGAAAGGACUGGUUCUAUACUUUUACCAGAUGGAGGUCUCUUGUGAGGAUUUUGUAGCAAUGGAGCACAACAUCAUCAAUGCUCCUGACUUUGGUGUUGAGACCUUGGGUGUCUUGAGGGUUCCUCUGUACACAAUGGGAGAUGGACGUAGAGGAUUCCCCGCCUUCCUGGACAACCAGUUCGCAGGAAACGCCAAAUACCAGCUCAUCCAUGGUCUGAAAACUGCGAAGUUGUUGUCAGAUGAACAAAUAUCUAAAGCUGUCAAUUCUUGUUCACAAAAAUGACAAAUGGGAAGUUAACAAUUUUUUGUGGUUGUAUUUAAUGUUUUAAUGAAAUUCCAGCGGGUCCAUAAAUUAUUUUUGUGAAAUCAUAGAAAUCGAGGUUCAAGAGAAUAAAGAGAGGAGACAUGUGGAAAGAGAGAGAGAGUUUGUUUAUAUAUAUAUAUAUAUUUAUUGUAUGGCCGGAUAUGAUUCAAUUGCAGACUAGGGCUCUGAGAACAAUAUUUUUGUACUUAUUGUCAAUUAUGUCAUGUUCCAGUCACUGAGAUACAUUGUCUUUUAAAUACUGUAGUAUUCUUGCAAGGGUUUUCUUUUUUUUUAGGAAAAUUUUUAAUUGUUAGUCUACAGUUACAAACAAAAUAAUACUGUUUUGCUUACUUACUCUCUCCCUGUGCCGCCGGACACAGUAUAACAUGGAUAGGU